UUUGAUUACGUGUUCCCAAGCAUGUUUCGCUCCGUUGCCACCAUUGUACUCCGUGCAUUUCCAGACUGUACAGUUUGCGUUGCUUUGUCUCGAUUGUUUACUUCAUUACUCUGUGGCUCCGUGGUUGCUGCUGCUGCAGUAAAUAGCCAACAUGGCGGUUAUGUUACUAUACGGGAUGAGUGAGAUAAAAUUCUUCUGAAACACACUUCGUACAUUUAGGAAAGGUUGAAUAUGCCAACAAAGGUCUCCAAGAAGGUGGUGGGAAUGAUAAUAAGAAGUAGGAAAACUAUAAUGAAGGAUGGCGUAAUGACGACUUCUGGGAUUGGUGAACCUAGUGUAUACCAUGCCUUGGUGGUUAUCUUCUUGGAAUUCUUUGCUUGGGGACUUCUCACAAUGCCCAUCAUAUCUGUUCUCAAUGAGACAUUUCCUGAUCACACCUUUUUAAUGAAUGGUUUGAUUAUGGGUAUUAAGGGCUUGCUCUCAUUUCUAAGUGCUCCUUUAAUAGGUGCACUCUCUGAUGUGUGGGGGAGAAAAUUUUUUUUAUUAAUAACAGUGUUUUUCACUUGUGCUCCCAUUCCCCUUAUGACAAUCAAUACCUGGUGGUUUUUUGCCAUGAUCAGCAUAUCUGGAGUGUUUGCUGUUACAUUCUCAGUUGUGUUUGCAUAUGUGGCUGAUGUUACAGAAGAACAUGAACGUAGCCUAGCUUAUGGCCUUGUAUCUGCUACAUUUGCAGCUAGUAUGGUUAUUAGUCCAGCUUUGGGAGCCUAUAUGAUGGGUGCAUACAGUGAAAACUUGGUUGUGGCUCUUGCAACGGCUAUUGCCAUAUUAGAUGUAUUUUUCAUUCUUGUUGCUGUACCCGAAUCAUUGCCUGAGAAAGUGCGUCCUUCCUCUUGGGGAGCACCCAUUUCAUGGGAACAGGCUGACCCAUUUGCUGUAAUGGAUUUCAGUGUUGUCAUGGUUGCUGUUUUUAUUGCAACAGUGGGUAUUUUAUCAGUUGGUGCCCAGAUAGUCCUGGGAUUUUUGAUGAGAUCACUUGGAAGUAAACAUACUAUUAUGGUUGGAUUAGUAUUUGAAAUGCUUCAACUUAUGUGGUAUGGUUUUGGUUCUCAGACAUGGAUGAUGUGGGCUGCAGGUGUGUUAGCAUCUGUUUCCAGUAUCACUUAUCCGGCCAUCAGUGCCUUUGUGUCCAUGCAUUCAGAUGCUGAUAAACAAGGGUUGGUGCAGGGGAUGGUUACAGGUAUGCGUGGACUCUGUAAUGGAUUGGGCCCUGCCAUGUUUGGCGUUAUAUUCUACUUGUUCCAUGUAGAUCUCAAUGAAGACGCAAGAGAAGUUAAAGAUGCAGAAAGAAACACAAUACAAGGAGAUAAUGGAACAACAGGGCAGAUGGUUGACCCCAUGCAACCACUUGUUCCAGGACCGCCAUUUGUGUUUGGGUCUUUCCUGGUAAUAUGUGCUUUGCUGGUAGCAGUUUUCAUUCCUGAUGGUACACCAGUGGGGUCAAACCUUCGUACCAGUUCACGCCGUCAGUCAGGUCUCUCCAUGGAAGUACAUUACGAAGUGGAACGUAGCAAGAAACAUGAUGACAUUGACACAGAUGACCAGAAAGCUUUGCUUUUGCUGAAAUGGCACUUGAAAUGGGCAUUGUUUGUGAGAAGUGCUUCGAAAAUAGCUAUUAUUGUUUAA